AUGUCGGCAUCUGCUACCGACGAUGAGGCGCUGCCGCCAUCCCUGGUCGCUCCAGGUUUAUACCUUGGCACUGCAGAGCAUGCGCGCUGCCGUUGUGCCCUGCACGAGUACGAGCGCCCACUGGAUCCCUCUGAGGGCUGUGUGCCCAUCAGGGCCAUCAUCAACGUCAGCGCCACCGAGCCUAACCAUUUUGCCAAUGUGAACGCAGCGGAUGCCGAGCUGGAUGAUGAUGAGCGCUCUUUAUGCUUUCUGUACCACCGCUGCAUUCUCGCAGAUGGGGAGCAGGCUCUGGUGCAAGCGGCGUGCUUUGCGGAGCAGCAGUUGAGAGCUAAGCGGCCAGUAUUGGUGCAUGAAGGUGCAGAGCAGAGCGGGCAGGCAGCAGCUGUGAUAGCGGCUCUUCUUGUCCGACAACAGUGGACUGCUGCGGAAGCGGUGAAGGCAAUCCACGGAAGGCGACCGUGCGCUUCCCCGAGCUCCGCAGUGCUAGCAGCCCUAGCGCGUUUGGAGACGGAGACGGCAGCAAGCGAGCUCAUAGAGCCAGGCUUGGAUCCCUUGGUGGUGCUGCCUCCAGCUUCAGCCGAGGUGGUUGAGGGCUUCCUCUCCCUCGGCAAUGCAGAUGCUGCGCAAGGAGUCGCGGAGUCUGCUUUCGACUGCCUGGUGAACGCUACAGCCUCGCUGCCCUUCUCUCCGAGUGCGCCCUCACGCCGGCUGCGGGUGCCGCUGACAGCCAGAGCUGGCCUAUCGGAGCUUGCAGGCCACUGGAUGCAUUUGCUUCACUUCCUCCGCUCAGCUCGUGCUGACGGGUGCCGCUGUCUCAUCUACGGCACCCACGGCCGAUCCAGACCAGCGGCUCUGGCCAUGGGCUACAUCAUGGCGGACCAAGGGCUCUCGUUUGCUGCUGCGCUGAAGUCAGUACGGCGCAAGUACCCUCUUGCGCAUCCGUCCGCCGCGCUGGUGGAUGCGGUUACGACGCUCUCGUCACAGUCCGAGGAGGCUGCCGGGAAGUCGGCCCUGAAAGCCUGGGCUGGCAAGGGAGCAGGCUCGGAGUCAGCGCCCUUGGCUCUGACGAAUGGCAGUGCAAAAGCCCUGGAGGAGGAGGCUCUGGAAGCUGCCGUGCGGCAAUUGGGCGAGCUGCUGCCGGUACCUGCAGACCUCCGUCGCGAGGCUUUGAUUCGCCACUCCGGAGACAUCGAGAGGGCCGCCUCGCAGCUCGUCUCCUGGCUGGAAGGAGAUGCGCCACAAGCGUCUGCCUCGUCCUCUUCCACGAUGUCUGCAUCCGCGUUUGGAACGGCAGCGGCUUCUUCAUCAUGCCGGCCGGAGCCCGCGGCUUCCGCGCGGAAGCGUAGCGCUUCGGAGGAUGGCACGGCCACCUCAGAGCCACGCACGGAGGCUCCACGCCUGGCCCAGUGCUAUCUCGAGGGCCAGGAGCAGCUGCCUGAGUGCAUCAUCUGUGGCCGCAGCUCCAAGCGCGGUGGCACAGUACCGGAGCCGCAUGCAGACCUCGGCUGGGUGCAUGGUGUUUGCCUGCAGCAAGCCAGCUGGUCUUAG